UCACAUUCAUUGUGAAAGAUUCGAUCAGUCGGCAGGGUUCGAGAAGACUAGUUCCCCUGUUUCAAGAUCUAUUGCCCGAGAGGAAAUGCCUGGAAUAUAUGUACGAACGCUUAGCCAACUUGAUUGGUUCGACCAAGAGAAAGAGUCUCUACUAACCAUUCCUGGCUCCUACUGGCUGUGCCAUAAGAAGAACAUAUAUAAAUUCAUCUUCAGAUACCAUCGUGCGGUGAAAAAUACCAUGCAGUUUUCGCACGGACGAGAAUUAUUAAAAAUUAUUCGGAGAAUUAUCAAGUGUCAUCCAACGCAGGGUCAACAAUUCGGCACGCAACAUCUUCUCGUUACUUACAACUGCACAUCUUGGACUCGACAGGACAAAAUGUUUGCAAUCAUGAAAUUUCAGCAACGAACCAACGCCGCUGCAUUUUCGCACGCAUUCGUGCUGACCAUCAGGACCUUCUGUUCGUCCGAGCACUCGUUGUUCGAUUUGAAGUAUCCUAUCGUUAAGGAAGCCGACGCGGGUGCUACGUUCAAAGAUUUGAACAUUUCCCUGGACACCGAGGAGAAAAUUAUUAGUAACGUGAUACCCGCCGCUGACAAAGUGGUAUCCUCGAGGAAGGAUACAAUGUGUCAAACUAAAAAAUUAGAUCAGGUUGCGGAAUAUAAUGGUAUCGAGGACGUGUUGAGUAAAGCAUUGGAAACGACCAUCGGUUCUAAUUUUCAAGAUAACAACGCAAAGGAGUCUGCGAUCUUCCGGGAAAAUCUGGAUGAAGGAGUUGAGAGUGCCACAACUGCGGCUGAAAUGCAUUUUGUCGGUAACCGUAGCAUAGAAUUUUAUAAUGACAUACAAGAAAAUAAGUCUGUAAAGUGUAAUAAUGAGAGAUACGAAGAGAACGUAGAACAGCGUUCUGUCGAUUGUGUACAAGGGCAAUCUCCAAGAGCAGCGGAGACGGAUAAAAUUGAAAUUACAAAGGCGGAUGGAUUGAAGGAAGAGAAAGAAACGGGAUCGACAGGAGUACAGAAGCAAAAUCAACAAACACGAGAUAUCGAUAAAUAUGCGAUAAUAAAUAAAAUGCGAAAUUCAUUGAAAUCUCUUAUAGGACUGAAUGAGAGGCCGUUGUCGGAUAAAUUCGAUCUCGAUGGAAAGUCAAUGGAGAAAGGUGAUAUUUGCACUAAAAAUAGUAAAGACAAUUUGAACGAUAACAAAGAGACGACCGGUGGAAAUACGGACUCUGGCAACGAGCCAGACCGUCAAUAUUUCAUUGAGGCAGAGACGGAGGAUGCAAAGUCCAACUUUACCGAUCAACCGGAGCAAAAGACUCCGCGGACCGAGAUAAAGACUGCAAAUAAAGAUUGUGUUCCAAAAAUGAACAAAGAAAGUAACAAGUCAGUUCACAAGAGACACGAAGAUCAUUGCAAUGAGGUGAUCAACUUGGAAUGUCAAGGGAGCGAUGGGCAGCACACUAGAAAUUCAACGAGCGUCGACGAUAAACAGUCGGAGAGUAAUGCGCACGGUAAGUCGCAGUGCAAAGCUCGUAAGCAGAAGAGCAGGGAAUCCGAGAGGAAGGCCGUGCCCGACAAGGUUCUGCGCUCCUCCAACAUCACCGAUCUGGUAAUGGAGGGCCUGAUGUUCACCAUACGGCAGGACCGGGACAGCGUGGCCGUCAUCGAGCAGAAGACUAAAUUGGAAGUGGACGAGGUCUUGGAGAAUUCCGAGAAGGUCGAGACGAAGGCCGGAGAGAAGUGUCUGUUGAAUUCGAGCUUGCUGCGGCUGGAGAACCUGGUGACCAUGAUCGACUCUCCGCGCGCUAAAGGCGAGCAGCGCAAGAGUCGCCACGCGAUCGGCAGUACCGUAAAUCUGUCGCCGUUCAAUCUUUUCCCCAACGAGACUGUAUAUGAUGUAAAUAUUAACGACGCAGAUGCGGGAUUAGAUGAAUCUAGCGUUUCUAAUUACGACAGGUCUAACGCGAUGAAACACUUACCGCUCGGCCGGGACUCCCCGCGCGGUAACGGCGAGCAGCACGAGAGUCGCCACGCGAUCGGCAGUACCGCAAAUCUGUCGCCGUUCAAUCUUUUUCCUAACGGCACUGUAUAUAAUGUAAAUAUCAAUGAUGUAGAUGCAGGAUUAGAUAAAUCUAGCGUUUCCAAUUACGACAGGUCUAACGCGAAGAAACAUUAUUUGCUCGACCAGCCGCGACGGCAGCAUCAACGCGUUCCCUCUAGCAAUAAGAGUAGCGACAGUUGUUCGGCAAGCGAGAUCUCGACGGAGAAGUACUAUGGACUAUUAAUGGAAAGCGGUGGCGACGAGCGAGACAAGAGAUACAAUGAUAACACCGAGACGGAUGAAGAAGAGCGGGACAUUGUGCCUGAGAUUUCGGCAUCUAAGCAAGUGAAUGCGGGACCGUGUGAUACAAGUUCACCGAUGGUUAACAGAAAUAUCGAAGAGAUGGAUAAAUGUGAUAAAUCGAGGAGAGGAAAUUAUAAUUCUCCGCUAUCAAAUUCCUCGCUGAAUCCGAGUAAGAUGUCCACGAAGGCGAUUUCUGUAACUUCCAAGGAAUCCAGUUCGAUCGAAUUGCCGCGACAGGAGGCGAAUGUUCCGAAAAUAGUUUCGAACAAGACUGUCAUCAUCGAGCAGAUGCCAACGGCCUUGCGGAAGGUUUUACGACACACGUGCAGAACGCGCAGGUUCUCCUCGACGACCGGCAGUGGGGCGUUGCGACGGAGUGAACAGAAGAUGCCACCCGCGGCAAUGACAGGCGACACAAUUUCCGAAGCGAGUGUCCUGUUGCAGGAAGACAAAUCAUGCGCGAGUCCCGACGUAGCGAACAAUUCGUUGCCUGUCGAAUUUACGAUUAACUCGGCAAAAACGCGGAGCGGCGACGACGAGAAAUCUUCCGUGACGCACGACCAGGAUAUUCCGCGGGCGACUAGAGACACACGUGUGAGGAGCUCAAAAAGGAGGCACGAGACCCGUCGCACUUUGCGAAGGAGCUCGAAGCACGGCUCGCCGAGAAAAUUGCAGGACAUCACGGAGGAGUUUUAUUAUGACUUGUUGCACGUACACAACAAGGACAACGCCAUCCGGCAGAGAUGCCUCAGGCAGAAGCAGAGAUCUCUGAACAGUCUCGACGACGUCAAGAGCGGCAAGGUGCGCAUAGACAUGCUGAAGUUCAUUCAGGACAUCACGGAGGGUGCUAGAGUGGUGGUGACACGUCUGAAUAUAGACAAUAAAUCUAAUUUAUUAGAGAAAAAUUCUAAUUUAAUUUAACAAUGUGCGCUCGCCGAAAAUGCAUUCAAUGCGGAUUUCGUGAGAAAAUAAUUUUAUCACACUCCCGUAUAUACUUUACUGUAUAUUAUAUAAACACACUACGUAUAUCAUAGAUCUGUUUGUUGUCGCUGCAUUGAAAACUGCACUACAACUGUCUUUCUCGUAAACUUUAUAAUAAAUAUGUAUUUCAUUUUUAAGUGCAACAAAUGUACGCUGGUUCAGCUACGAAGGACAGAACAAUUAUUCUCUAAAUCAUGAUGAAUUAUAAAUAAGAUGACCGUGACUUCAUAUAAUUCUCAUGCAGCAUCUUACUCUUAUCCUAAUCCUGAUAGAAUUGAUUAAUAAACAUGCUCUUAAGGACU